AUGGCCACCAUUCUCCACGUAACCCUCCUAGCCACAGUACUGUUGGCCCUAUUCAACGCACUGGUCAAUCCGAAAGGAAAGAGUGUCCUCAUAACCGGCUGCGACACUGGAUUCGGACAUCUCUUGACUAAGCGGCUGGCAUCGGAUGGCUUCCGCGUCUACGCUGGCUGCCUCAGUUCCAAGAGCGACGGAGCCAUGACACUCACGCUUGUCCCAAACGUAUGUGUCUUACACCUGGACGUAACGAAAGAGGACGACAUCGAGAAAGCAUAUGCCGUCAUCGCCAAAGACAACAGUAAUACAGCUCUGUGGGCAGUGGUGUCCAAUGCCGGAGUGACGACUGUCGGCCCACUGGAGUGGCACAGUAUGGCGAAGAUUCGAUCUUUGUUCGACGUAAAUGUUAUCGGAGCCACUGCCGUGGUCCUGAAGUUCCUUCCACUGCUUAAAAAGUCGCAAGGACGGAUUGUCAUCGUUUCCAGCAUGUUCGGUCGCAUGACGGCUCCGUGGGUGGUACCAUACUGCAUGACGAAACACGCCUGCGUCUCACUAGCAGAUGGACUUCGGCGAACUUUACGCACAGCAGGUGUUCAAGUCAGCACCAUCGAACCCACUGGAUACAGGACAGGAAUAACAGACCCGACGGUAAUGGCCCAGCACAUUGAUGAGCUCAUCGCAGGCCUUCCAUCGGAUGUGCGCGGAGACGUCAACCAAGAAAAAGUGACGAAAAUGAAAAUCAUGGCCAGAGUGUUCAUGGAAGGCCUCAUGCGCGACGACCAGAGUGAAGUGGUUACAGACAUGGUCUCCGCCCUCAGGGAAGAGCAUCCCAAGGCGCAUUACAGGACAGGAGGAACAGCGGACAGGGUAGUGCGCCUCCUUGAGUACUUACUCCCGUCGGAGGUUGCAGACUACAUGCUCGUGUCCGUGGCUAAAUCCAAUGGUGUCAAAAAGAAAUCUAAAGCUUAUGUCAAUGAGUACAACGCGAAAUAGGCAAGGCUUCGUGUCAGCUGUCCGCCGUUUCACGCAUCGUUUACAUCACCACACGAUAACAGCCUAGGUUAUCUUCUGUCGAAAAUGAUGUGCCAUGUGAGCUGAAAGCUGCGGAGAUUACAAAGAAAGUUACAUAACACUCGUGAAGCUGAAUGGUAAAAUCUUAUAUUUUAAUGUUCAGUUUCUAAAACGUCACAACUGCCACGACUACGCGAGACUAGUAUGCCAGUAUCCGCCACAGAUAAGUUACAUUGGAAAUGUUAAUUAACGAAAGCUUAACCUAAUGAAAUAGGUAUCGUCAGGAGAUAAUGAGCCUUGGUCGCUUUGACAGAUUAUGGAACUGCAGUGGCGGUGACUCGGGGAAGAAGUGUGAGUAAAAGAACAUUCUUGUUUUGCGCUCGAAAACACACUGUAUGUUGGAAACAGCCGAGGAGUCGACACGAUAGUUUUAGGUUAUGUAACGCUGCCCAGCCUGCUGUAUUGCUCCUAGAAAUAGCUUGAGCGUGUGUUUUUUUAUUGCAUGGCGUAAUAAAUGAUGUUUGCAGGAGAUGCAUUACUUUUGCUCAACA